AUGGAUCCCACCACGACAGAGCACGACUACCGCUUCCCCCGCCGGCCGGAUCGCGGCGGCGGCGGCGGCGGCGCUCACGACCAGAGCCCCCGUCCCGGCGCAGUCGACCAGACCAAGCGCGACCUCAUCGACCGCGCCUACGCCUCCGCCAACGACAACCUACUCGGGACAGCCUUGUUUCCGUCGCUCCAGAGCGACUCGCCCCAGAGCGUCGACGAGAUGCAGGACGACGACCCGCUGGCCACCCAGGUCUGGAAGUUCUUCAAGGCGACCAAGCAGCAGCUCCCUAACCAGCAGCGUAUGGAGAAUCUGACCUGGCGCAUGAUGGCGCUCAGCAUGCGCAAGAAAAAGCAGCUCGAGGAGGAGGAGGAGCAAAGGAGGAGGCAGCAGCAGCAGCAGCAGCAGAACAGCUUCGUCAGACAGGCGACACAGAAUGCCCCGAGCGGCAUUGCUCAGCAGCUGCGAAAGACGUCGGAGAACAAUGUCAACGGCGCGGAACCCAUGAAUCUCGACGACUUCAUCUUUUCGGACCGGGCCGCAGCGUCCACCGGCUUCAUGUCGCCGCCGCCGCCGCCCGGCUUCAAGUUGGCUGCCGACGAGGCAUCCGGCGCCUCGGCCAUUCCCAUCAAGUCCCGCAGGGACUCGACGGGCCAGUUCGUUCCACAGUCGGUGCCCCAUCAUCAGCGGUCGCAGAACGAUGAGUUCCACUAUGUGACUCGCCAUCAUCGUAAAACGAGCAUUGACGAGCGUCGGAACCGGAAGCGCCCCGCCAAUUUCUCUCCUCACGUCUCUGCCGUCAACAGCAGCGCAGCUGGCGGCACUCCAAACCUCGACGCCGAUGCAGACCUUCACGGCUACUCGUUGGACAAUAGCGGCGCUACCACGAUGCAUCAGCAAAUGCCCGGGGCCAACGGCGCCGUGCCCUUCAACCUCGACACUUUCAUGGACGACCCCGUCAUGACCUCGGCCGCCCAUUUUCAGCAGAAUUUCUCUUCCUUUUCUCCUUCGUCUUCUCCGAUGAUACCCAAUGGCCCAUUCUCGGCCAUGUACAACAACAACUCCUCUGUUCAAUCCUCAUCGCUCAAUACCACCGAGCUUUACUCCCCCCCGGGCUCCGCCUACCAGUCGACUGUUUCGACCCCGAUACCCAUGUCCGACAACGAUGGCUUCUACUUCGGCUCUGCAGACAUGCGACAGCAGCGAUCGCAGGGCUUCCGUCAGGGACCCCCUCAGACCAUGAAUCAAGCCCAGCAGCAAUUCAUGUAUGGCGGCGCGAAUGGCGGCCACAACAUGUUCGCCGCCACCGGAGCCGGAUCCGAACCCGUGUCGGCCUUCAGCACGGCCCCAAGCUCCUUCGGCCACAUUGACCCGACGCAGGUCUUUCAGCCGGACAGCCAGGGUGCGUCCCCCAACGUGCCGAUGCGGCAGGACAACAUGUUUUCUUUUGGCGGGGAGUCGGACGACGAGGAUUCCAACAAUUUCGGCGACCGCAGCACGGCCAUGCAGAGCGACUUUUCCCCAGCCGUUGACGAGGGCGGCUCGCUUGGUUGGGACGCUUCCCUCCCCGGGCAAUUCAGCACGCAGGCCGCUCGCUUCCCGGGUGGCCCUCCCCGCAAGCAAGUCGUGAUCGGUGGCACCACCACUGACUACGUUGAGAGUAGCGGGGAUUGGGACAGCAGUGGCCUGUCGCGCUCCCAUUCGCAGUCAUUCAGGCACGGAAGCGACAUGCGCCAGCAGAGGAUCCCUCGCAACGCGUCCACUCCCUCGCAUCUGGCGACAAAGCACAGUGGCUUCGAGCAGAUAGCACAGUCAUUGCCAACGUCUCCGGGCGGAGACGUGCCCGGCACCAUGUCGGGCUUUUCCUCUGCCGCACCAAGUCGGCCAUCCUCACCACCGGGCUCUAAGCGUGGGUCAUCGACCAACCUCCAGGCUGCCGGGAACCAAAAUGAUGGAAACGGGCCUACCACGUGUACCAACUGCUUUACCCAGACUACUCCGCUGUGGCGCCGCAAUCCCGAAGGUCAGCCCCUUUGCAACGCCUGCGGUUUGUUCUUGAAGCUUCAUGGCGUGGUGCGCCCACUCAGCUUGAAGACGGACGUCAUCAAGAAAAGAAACCGGGGGUCCGGAGGCAACAGUUCCAUCGGGUCGGGCUCGCGGUCCAGGAAGAGUGCGAAUGCCAGUAGCUCCGCGGCCGCCUCUCGCAAGAGCUCGACCCUUUCCAUGUCAACCACGGCUGCUGCUGCGAAAAACACCAGCCAGCAUAGCACCGCAUCGCCGCCAGCUAACCGAACAGUGAGCGCGAAGGAUGUCGACAGCCCCGGCAGCGGCGGCGUGGCGUCUGGACACAACACCGCGGGCAGCACCCCCACGAGCCACUUCGGGAACAUCGGCUCCUCUGUGGGCACCACCGGUGUGAAGGGUGCUGUCCCCAUCGCGGCCGCUCCUCCGAAGGCGACUCCUGGGCCCGGCGCGUCAUCAGCAUCUCGGUCCGCUGCGGCGUCAUCGAAACGCCAGCGUCGGCACAGCAAGAGCGUGGGCUCCGAGACUUCUAGCGGCAUGGACCUUGAUGCUCCUGGUGAAAUGGCGAGCCCGAACGACGCAGCCCGGUCCCUCAGCCAUGCGUCUGCCAUGGGCUCCAUCUCGAGUACGAUGAUGUCCGGGUCAUAUGGCAUGAGCCCUCGCGCGCCGAUAGCCCCCGGCGGCAUGAUGCCUAUGGGGUCGCAACCGCCCGCCGCCGGGAACCCUGCUGGGGCCCAAGAAUGGGAAUGGCUCACGAUGAGUCUUUAG